CCUGUAGCAAGGCCUAAAUCAUACUAACCGUUUGGGCAGCAGUGGAAAGAGACUUGAGAGGUUGUGCUUCGGCGCGUAUCGCUUCCUGACAGCCGUUAUUCGGAGGAGAGGAGGAGAGCAUGUGGAUAGACUGAGUUAGCCAGCUAGCGUUAGCUACUUCACCAUUUGGGAAUACCAAUGCACACGCCAGCUAGCUACCGUUUGCUAGCUAGUCAACUAUUUUAUCUAGCAUUUCUCUUUAAAAUAAGUAGCUGGCUACCUAGCAGUAAAUUAGAAGACUGACUAUUGAGUUCCGGCAAACGACAGCAAUAUUUAUAUUCACGUUGUGUUUGAACUAACUUAACAUUUGGAGGUGUAGUAUACAUUUUCUUCUCAUGCCAGUUCGUUGGUAAAGAAGAAGACGUCUGUCGUGUUCGAACAAUGCUUCACUGCGAUGCCAUUCCUUGCUGCUUAAUUUUAUGCAGCUAGCUGCCUUCCGGAAUUCCCAAAUCGUUUAUUUCGCCUUCUGGGAUUUCAAGGAGAUAGAGAAAGAAAUGCUUGGACUAACGACAGUGAUUUUCAACCCUGGAAAGGAGCGUCUGAGUUUUUGCAUCAUGCACGAAAGGAGCCGUGCCCACACAGUGAAGUAAAGUGCCGUUUGGAUGUAUCCCGGGAAGGAUUCCGUAAAGAUACAGGGACGUCGGACGCACUGUUUUUCUACUCCUUUGCAGUAGCUGGCUAACAGGGUUACAUUGGAGUAUUUAUUCCUGGAUCAUAAUGGAAAGCGAGGUGUUUACACCUUUGUUGGAGCAAUUUAUGCUUACCCCGCUGGUCACUUGGGUGAAGACCUUCGGACAGUUAGGCGAGAAGGACGGGGGCAAACUUUCAGAAUACAUCGAAUUGGUGGACGGCAUCUAUUUAAACGAGAUCAUGCUGCAGAUAAACCCCAAAGCUUCCGUUCAGAGAACAAACAAGAACGUGAACAACGACUCCACUCUCCGGAUACAGAACCUGACCAUACUCAUCCGCCAGAUCAAAUCCUACUACCAGGAGACGCUGCAGCAGUUUAUUAUGAUGCCUCUACCCAACGUGCUGACACUUGGACGGAACCCUCUCUGUGAGCAAGGUCUCGAGGAAAUUAAGAAAUUACUGCUGCUGUUGCUGGGAUGUGCAGUGCAGUGUGAGGAGAAAGAGGAGUACAUCGACAGGAUUCAGACCUUAGACUUCCACACUAAGGCUGUGAUCGCCUCGCACAUCCAGGAGGUGACCCAUAACCAGGAGAAUGUGUUGGACCUGCAGUGGGUGGAGGUGGAGGAUCUGGCCCCAGAGGACCUGGAGUCCCUGUCCCGGAACAUGGCCUUCCACCUCAAACGACUGGUGGACGAGAGGGACGAGCAGCUGGAGAAGAUCGUGGAGCUGACUCAGGAGAGGGACUGCGGGCAGUACUACCCCCCCGCCCCGUGCACCCAGUCCCCCAACGGAUCUCCCAGCAUGCACCGCACCGAGAGCCGCCAGCACCUGUCCGUGGAGCUGGCCGACGCCAAGGCCAAGAUUCGCCGCCUGAGACAGGAGCUGGAGGAGAAGAGUGAGCAGCUGAUGGACUGCAGGCAGGAGCUGGAGAACCUGGAGGUGGAGCUAAAGAGGAUCCAGCAGGAGAACAUGCAGCUGCUGGCAGAUGCGCGGUCGGCCCGGGCCUACCGUGACGAGCUGGACGCCCUGCGGGAGAAGGCCAUCCGCGUCGACAAGCUGGAGAGCGAAGUGGGGCGCUACAAGGAGAAGCUGCACGACAUUGAGUUCUACAGGGCCAGAGUGGAGGAGCUGAAGGAGGAUAACCAGGUGCUCCUGGAGACAAAGAACAUGCUUGAGGACCAGCUGGAGGGCUCUCGGGCGCGCUCAGACAAGCUGCAUGAGCUAGAGAAGGAGAACCUGCAGCUGAAGGCCAAGAUCCACGACAUGGAGAUGGACCGGGACGUAGACAGGAAGCGGAUCGAGGAGCUCCUGGAGGAGAACCUGUCUCUGGAGAUGGCUCAGAAGCAGAGCAUGGAUGAGUCUCUCCACCUGGGCUGGGAGCUGGAGCAGCUCUCCAAAACGCCGGAGCACACAGACGUCCUGCCCCAGAAGUCCCUGAGGCACGAGGUGAACGAGCUGACGUCCAGCCGGCUGCUGAAGCUGGAGAAGGAGAACCAGACGCUGCAGCGCACGGUGGAGGAGCUAGGGGGCGGCGGUGAGCCCUCAGAGAGGACUCACACCCGGCUCCUCAAGGCCGAGAAGGAGAACCAGAGACUCGCCGAGAAGCUGAAGCAGCUGGACAGUGAGAUGAGCGCAGACAGGCAGAGUCUGCAGAGCGCUGAGAGCCUCAAGAGUGACCUGAUGAGAGAGAAGGGGCAGCUGGAGAAGACGCUCGAGACACUGAGAGACAUGUCUGAGAGACAGGUGAAGGUUCUGGAGCAGGAGAACGAGCGGCUGACCCAGACGGUGGCGACCCUGCGGCAGCGGUCCCAGAUCAGCGUGGAGGCGCGGGUCCGAGACGUGGAGAAGGAGAACCGGGCCCUGCACGAGUCCGUGAAGGAGAGCGGCGCCCGGCUGAGCAAGGCCGAGUUCGAGCGCGCGCAGCUGCGGAAGGACCUGGAAGCGCAGCGGGAGAAGGCCGAGAGGGCGGAGGAGCUGGAGGCGCAGGUGCAGCGCCUGGAGCGCGAGAACGAGGCCCUGCAGAAACGCGCCGCCACCCUGGGCCUCACCUGCGACAGGCUGGAGGCCGUGGAGCGCGAGAGCGCGGAGCGGGAGGUGGAGACGCGGGGCCUGCGGAAGAAGCUGGACGCCCUGAGGGCCGCGGAGCUCCAGCUGGAGGCGCUGGAGAAGGAGAACGCCCAGCUGGAGGAGGAGAACCUGGAGCUGCGCAGGUCCGGGGAGGCGCAGCGGGCGGCGGGGUCCCGGGCCGCCCAGCUGGAGCAGGAGAACAGGGAGCUGGAGGAGGAGCGGGCCCAGCUCCGCAAGAGCCUGGAGCUCCUGACGGCCUCCAGCCGGAAGACGGAGCGGCUGGAGGCCAGCUGCCAGGGCCUGGACACGGAGAACCAGCGGCUGCAGAAGGCCCUGGAGAGCGGCGGCCGCAAGAUCCAGCAGCUGGAGGAUGAGCUGCGGGAGGUGGAGGCGGAGAACCAGGGCCUGCAGCGCAGCCUGGAGGAGCUGAAGGUCUCCAGCAAGCGCCUGGAGCAGCUGGAGAAGGAGAGCCGGGCGCUGGAGCAGGAGACGGCGCAGCUGGAGAAGGACAAGAAGCAGCUGGAGAAGGAGAACCGGCGGCUGCGGCAGCAGGCCGAGAUCCGCGACGCCACGCUGGACGAGAGCCACGCCCGCCUGGCCCGCCUGGAGCAGGACAACCGUGCCCUGGGCAGGGAGGCCGCCGUCUCCAGGGACUCCUGCGGCCGCGUCCGCGACCUGGAGAAGGACAACAAGGAGCUGCUCAAGCAGGCCACCAUCGACAAGAAGACCCUGCUCACCUUACGAGAGGAGCUGGUGAAUGAGAAGCUGACGGCGCAGCAGAUGAAUAACGAGCUGGAGAAGCUGACUCACGAGCUGGAGAAGAUCGGCCUCAAUAAGGAGAGACUUCUGCAGGACGAGCAGAGCUCUGACCACAGCAGGUACCAGCUGCUAGAGUCUAAGCUGGAGUCCACGCUGAAGAAGUCCCUGGAGAUCAAGGAGGAGAAGAUCGCCGCCCUGGAGGCCAGACUGGAGGAGUCAUCCAACCUAAACCAGCAGCUGCGGCAGGAGCUGAAGACCGUGAAGAAGAACUAUGAGGCGCUGCAGCAGAGAGAGGAAGAGGAACGCAUGGUGCAGAGCUCCCCCCUGAGGGCAGGAGAGGAACUGCAGGCGGCCAGUAAGUGGGAGAAGGAGAGCCGGGAGGCGACCAGGGAGUUACUGAAGGUGAAGGACCGGCUGAUCGAGGUGGAGAGGAACAACGCCACCCUGCAGGCGGAGAAGCAGGCCCUGCGCACGCAGCUGAAGCAGCUAGAGACGCAAAGCGACAACCUGCAGGCGCAGAUCCUGGUUCUGCAGCGGCAGACCGCCUCGCUGCAGGAGAGCAACACCACCCUGCAGACGCAGAACGCCAAGCUGCAGGUGGAGAACUCCACGCUGAGCUCGCAGAGUGCCUCUCUGAUGGCGCAGAACGCGCAGCUGCAGAGCCAGCAGUGCAGCGCCGAGAGCGAGCGGGAGGGGGCGCUGCGGGAGCGGGAGGACCUGCGCUGCGCCCACGAGCUGCUGCUGCGCGACCACGAGAAGCUGGCGGCGCUGCACGAGCGCCAGGCCGCCGAGUACGAGGCGCUCAUCGGCAAGCACGGCGGCCUCAAGGCCGCGCACAAGAGCCUGGAGCUGGAGCACCGCGAGCUGGAGGACCGGUAUAACCAGCUGCUGAAGCAGAAGGACCAGCUGAAGCAGCUGGAGAGGGACCUGAAGGCCGAGCAGGAGAAGAUGCUCUCGGAGAGCCGCGAUCACAAAGCCACCACCGAGCAGUACCACCGACUCAAGGAGGAAAACGACAAGCUGAACACCGCGCACAGCCAGCUGCUCAGGGACACGGAGGCCCUGCAGGCUGAGCACCGGGCCCUGAAGACCCAGAUGAACAGCGGGAAGCUGGAGCUGACCCGGCUGGAGGCGGAGUUCUCCAGACUGAAGGAGCAGUACCAGCAGCUGGACAUCACCUCCACAAAACUCACCAACCAGUGCGAGUUGCUUAGCCAACUGAAAGGGAAUCUGGAGGAGGAGAACAAACACCUGCUGGACCAGAUCCAGACCCUGAUGCUGCAGAACCGGACCCUGCUGGAGCAAACCAUGGAGAGCAAGGACCUGUUCCACGUGGAGCAGAGACAGUACAUAGACAAACUGAACGAGCUGAGGAGGCAGAAAGAGAAGCUGGAGGAGAAGAUCAUGGACCAGUACAAGUUCUACGACCCCUCCCCCCCACGCAGAGCUCUACUAAGCAGCGUGGUGGUGUCGCCCCGCAGGCGGGGGAACUGGAUCACGCUGAAGAUGAGGAAGCUGAUGAAGCCGAAGAGCCGCAUGCGCUCGCUGCCGCUCUCCCCGCCCCGCUCCGAGUCCACCGAGGCCUUCCUGGCCCCGCCCGACAGCCAGGACAGCUCCUCCCUGGGCUCCGGCUCCGCCUCCAUGGACGACUCCCUGUCCCACAAGAAGAGCAACAUGUCCGCGCUGAAGCGUUUUCCCUUUAUGAGGAGCAAGCCCAAGGAUAAAGACAGGAACAAGACGCUCUUCCGCCGCUCGAUGUCCAUGAAUGACCUGUUGCACACCGUGGCGCUGGCGGGGGGCCACUGGGCCAGUAGCUCUGAGAAUCUGGACCGGCCAGAAGAGGGCGCCACUCGCCAGCGCCGGAAGGAGUUGGGAUCUCUGGCCUUCUCCACCACUGCCAUCAACUACACCAGCCUGCACCCUCCUGCCGGCCCCUCGGCCAAGCAAAGCCUGAGGGCUAAAGAUGACACAUCCUGUGAAGAUGUCACCCCUGCAACUGUGGAUAACGCCAAUGGGCUGAGGAGUCCUGCAGCAGGCGCGGUGAACGGCAGCCGCAGCCGGCCGCAGAGCGAGAGCAGCGGGGAGUUCAGCCCCAGCCUGGAGAACGAGGCCUGGUCCUGCGGCAGCAGCCCCGCCCAGCGCUCCGCCCGCCACAGCCCCCAGGUGCCCCGCCGGGCCCCGGAGCCCCCCGCCCCCCAGGCACCCAGGAAGGGCCCCUCCCUCGGGAGCGAGGUGCUGUCCCUGCAGCAGUUCCUGCAGGAGCCAGCGGAGCCUGGCAUUCGAGAAAACCCGCCGGCAGAGACGUUGCCUUUGUCCUGUGACUCCUCGCCAUCGACGCAGAGAGAGCGGGCAGGGCUGCCCUCUGGUGGGCGGGGCAUCCUGCGCUCUGCCAGUGGGAGGGCAGGGACCGCAGACUCCUCCCCCAAAUCGGGGCCAGCGUCCCGGCCCAGCCUGCGCAAGGCGGAGAGCACGCGUGUCAGAGGCUCCGCCCCCCGGCCCUCGCUCGCCACCCAGGGCAAGGCCACGUCCGUGUCGGAGAGGCUGAACUCCGCCGGCUCCGCCUCCCGAGGGGGCAGUGCCGCCUCUGGCUCCGCCCUCCCCCGCGCCAGCAGCGUUAUUUCCACCGCCGAAGGCUCCUCCCGCCGAACGAGCAUCCACGACUUCAUGGCCAAGGACACCCGUGCGCCCGUCUCCAUAGACCCCUCCCCUGCCAAGGCCACGCCUGCGACCAAGGCCACGCCCAGUGAGUACCCUGCCCCCACUCCCGCCCCACCCGCAUUGGCCUACGAAACCCUGCUGGAGGAGGAGCCCCCCAAAACCUCCGCCCCCAACCUGGGGUCCUUCCUGGGCUCCUCCUUCACCAUCGAUUCAGUGUUUAUGGACACCAUCUUCAGUGACCCCCCUUACCCCGGUGCGGGCAAGAGCCACACCUUCCUGUCCCUCAACCCCUCACUGGUGUGCAACAUCAGCGGCCCGCCCCCCAAGCACGCCACCUGGCCCGCGCAGACGGGGCAGGAGGCUCAUGGGAAACCGGGUCCUCCCCAGCCCAACGGCCAGCCCCCCGAGCACUCAGCCGGUGGUGACAUCACCGACCCAGGUCAGGUGACCGCAGAACUUCCUGCCCUGUCCUCGGAAGACAAGCAGUCCCUGUGGUUUGAGUAUGGUUGCGUGUGAAAGAGCACCUUACUGAACUGACCAGCGACAGGCCAGACAGGGCCCCCCCAAAACCCUAAAACAGGAGGAGCUAUCACACACUCACUGCUCUGAAACAAUUGCACACUGCUGUAGGCAGAAUAUAUUAAUAAUAUUCUAAUUUUCAGACACACUAAUCGGCAACAAGUCAUUAUAGCUGAGGCUACUUUGGGGCUUACCGUGCGCAAUGGCUUCCUCCUAAUAGGAGAAUUUGGGACACUGCUUCCCCUCCCCGGUCCACAGUGCAAUCCUUAGGAGCCAGAAUCCCAGGUCCCAGGUCAGAUCUGACCUGGGACAGAGAGACCAGACCAGAAUGGGGAGAAUGUUACUACACCUACCUGGCCUUUCCGUCUGUUUGAUCUUUUCAUAUGAGGAAAUCCAUUUCUUUUCCAUCAGAACCACUCAUUCCUGGGUUUGGUUUGCUGCUUCAGAAUGUUCAUUUUGGAGACUGGUGGGCAUGGGGGGUGUACAUAUGUUAUUAUAUGUGAUUUAACAUAUUUUAUUAAGUGUGUUAUUAUUUUUUGUUAUCUGUCUGUUGUGCUUACAUUGUUUGAAUGUUGGAAAAUGAGAACUUUGUGUGUGUGUGUGUUAUUUUUUAAAUAAGCCUCCUUUGGAUUUCAUAUAUUUUGUCCAUUUUGUUUCCACAAUUUAGUUUUCACAUUUAACCCUUUGUACUAUUUAUAUUAUUUUUUUGUUAAACACCAUUCUGUGUACAUAAUAUGUAUUUAGAUCCAGUGACAGGCUUUUUGUGGUUACAGGGAUAUUACAGGUUAAGAUUCAAAUUGAAUACUUAGUAAAUGCCAAUGGCCUGUGUUUGCAGUACAAGUGCCAUGUUUUGAUUUGUUGAUAGCUUAAAAAAACACACUGGACAAUGCCAGGAAAUGUGUACGUAAUACUUGUUGAUACACUACAAUUAUUCAUUUUAUUUGAAUUACACAUACAUAUGUUUUUACUUCAUUUUCUAGUUUUAGGCUUAAUUUGAAUAAAACACGGGCAUUGUCUGCAGUAAAACAGUGUGGCUAAAAAGUAAAUGCACCACUGCCCCCUUACUUUGGUGUUUUUUCGGGGUCUGGUAGACUGGCCUGGGUGCACACAGUGUCCAAAACCUUUGACCCCUGCGGUGUAUUUCUGUGUGUCUGGUGUUCUGUUUGACACGGGUAUAUAUCACAGCAUGACUCUGUCCUGCUUCCUGAAGAGGUUGUCUUGUCUUUGAUGUCAGUCCCCAGUGGCCAUUUUGACCCAUCUGCCGGCACGUACACUAUGAUCAUGUGCAAAACCCAUCUAACGUGCAGUUCUUCGGUCUGUAUGGAUUCAUGUCUGUGUUUUUAUAUGUGUGUCUAUGUAUAUAUUUGUUCUUAAAUGUGGAACAACAUUUCCCCUCAAUGCACUGUUCUUUUCCUAAUAGCCACAAGGGGAUUCCUGCACAUGCACGUAGUUACAGAAAUGAAAGUGUGUAGGUGGCACUUAGGAUGUAGAAAUAACCAAAGAUGCUCUGUUCCGCAGAUGUGGUCUUAACCAUAGAUGCUCUGUUACACAGAUGUGGAAAUAACCGUAGACCCUCUGUUCUGCAGAUGUGGAAAUAACUAUAGACUCUGCAUUUCACAUUUGUGGAAAUAACCAUAGAGGCUCUGUUCUGCAUAUGUGGAAAAUAACCAUAGACGCUCUGUUCUGCAGAUGUAGAAAUGACCAUAGACACUCAGUUCCACAGAUGUGGAAAUAACCAUAGACGCUCAGUUCCACAGAUGUGGAAAUAACCAUAGACGCUCUGUUCCACAGAUGUGGAGGGUUCACGGGAGCGCAGGAGGUCGAAAAGCAGGACUGGCGAACAGAAAAGUUCCUAAAUCUAGCCACAGUCUCGUAGGGGGCAUAAGGG